GUGGUUAUGUUUUCAAUUACAUUAACCGACAAUUGGUUUUGGCGUUUCAUCUAUUCCUGAUGGCCGUAACCGUCGCUGUGAUACCCAUUUGUCCAAACCUUCGCGUAUUGUUUACAGUGCUUGGGAUCUGCGGCUUCUCGAGCGGAGGAUUACUAUUUUUAUUAGGUUUUGAAAUUGCAAUCAUUAGCUUUGGAAUCAAAAAUCAAGCCUUUAUU